UUUGGAGAGUCUGUGUGCUCACACGGCACGUGGGAGCUUAUAGAAGGAGCUCGCGUUGCAUGUGGUCAGAAAACCUCUUGAUGAUUUUAGAGUCGUAAACUAUCCAAAGUCUGGAUAACAAAUAUAUUAAAUAUGCUGUUUAUGAAAGAAGCGCCAUGGCGGCGAUUGGAGGGCAUAUCUUUUGGCAUGUACUCUGCCGAAGAGAUAAGGAAGCUGAGUGUGAAGGCGAUCACAAACUCAAAGUUGCUUGAUGGCGUUGGGAAUGCGGCCCUAAACAGCCUGUACGACUUGGCCCUGGGACCAGCAGACAACAAAGAGGUAUGUUCAACUUGCUGUCAGGAUUUCAACAACUGUCCAGGACACCUGGGACAUGUCGAACUGCCGCUACCUGUGUACAACCCACUAUUUUUUGAUAAACUCUUUCUGUUGAUUCGUGGCUCAUGUCUGAAGUGCCACAUGUUGACAUGUCCACGGGCAGCCGUCCACCUUCUGUUGAACCAACUGAAAUUACUGGACCAUGGAGCCAUGCACCAGGUUUACCACGUUGAAGAAGUUCUUAACCAGUUUCUGGAGGCGACGGACAAAGCCACUGCUGAUGAUAUUGCAGCCAUGCUCAAAGAAUUCACAGAUUCAGUUGUUGUAACUGAUGGCUCAGGAAACAGCAAACCGAUAAGACACCUUGUUGAAAAGAAAAGCAGUUUGAUAAAUGAUUUUUGGAAAAUCCACAUGAAAUCUCGGAACUGUCCCCACUGCAGGAGCAAGCGGUUCACCGUACGACGUGAGCACAACAGUAAGCUGAUCGUCACAAUGCCCCCGGAAUCAAAAACUUCUGGAAAAACUGUGGGCGUGACGACUGGAGACAAAGCCUACAUGACUGCCAGUACUGCAAGAGAACACGCCAACAAAUUGUGGGAGAAUGAAGGUUUUUUCCUGAAAUGUCUGUUCUCCGGGGUGGUGAACAACUCGGGAUCAAAUGAAGAGCAAAUGGGUUUCUCUCCGGCUCACUUCUUCCUGGAGCUACUUGUGGUCCCACCUUGCAGGUAUCGUCCAAUCAAUCAACUGGGUGAUCAGAUUUUUACCAAUGGUCAGACGGUCAACAUGCAAGCCGUCAUGAAGGACUGUACAAUUGUGAGAAAACUGCUUUCUCUCAUUGCUGCUGAGAAUGUAACUCAGCAAGAUGAGUCUCAGGCAAAAGAAGAGACAGACCAGUCUAUUCUCUCAGGGAUUCCUGGACUGACAUUAACAGAUAAACUUUACAACAUCUGGAUCCGUCUUCAGACCCACGUCAACAUUGUCUUUGACAGUGACAUGGACAAAAUUAUGACAGAAAAGUACCCUGGAAUCAGACAGAUCCUGGAGAAAAAGGAUGGAUUGUUCCGAAAACAUAUGAUGGGAAAAAGAGUUGAUUAUGCCGCAAGAUCUGUCAUCUGUCCAGAUAUGUACAUCGGAACCAAUGAGAUAGGGAUUCCCAUGGUGUUCGCUACGAAGCUGACCUACCCACAGCCUGUCACGCCAUGGAACGUGAAGGAGCUUCGUCAGGCAGUUCUGAAUGGGCCAAAUGUACACCCCGGUGCUACGAUGGUGAUUAGCGAGGAUGGGAGGAGAACCAUCUUGUCAACCACCAGCUUUGCACAAAGAGAAGCGGUUGCUAAGCAGCUGAUGACGCCCUCUCUAGGUCCACUCAAGAUGCCAAUGAAAAUAGUGAACCGCCACAUUAAGAAUGGAGAUGUUUUGUUGUUGAACAGACAGCCAACUCUGCACCGACCGUCAAUGCAGGCUCACUGUGCACGCAUUUUGCCUGGAGAGAAGGUCCUGAGGCUUCACUAUGCCAACUGCAAAGCAUACAAUGCAGACUUUGAUGGCGAUGAGAUGAAUGCUCACGUCCCUCAGAGUGAGCUUGGUCGAGCGGAGGCCUACACAUUAGUCAGCACCAACCAACAGUACCUUGUGCCAAAGGAUGGAAAGCCUUUGGCUGGUCUGAUACAAGACCACAUGGUGUCGGGUACACGGAUGACAAUUCGAGGCUGUUUCUUCACGAGAGACCAGUACACUGAACUUGUGUACAGAGGGCUGACUGACAAACCGGGCCGAAUUAAAAUCCUCCCACCAGCUAUACUCAAGCCACAGAAACUCUGGACAGGAAAGCAGGUGGUGUCCACCGUCGUCCUCAAUGUUAUUCCAGAAAAGCAUUUGCCAUUGAACCUGGUUGGGAAAUCGAAAAUCCCCAGCAAAGCAUGGAUCCAAGUUCCCCCACGAGCAGCUCCAGGAUAUCGACCUGACACCAUGUGUGACUCGCAGGUGGUGAUCCGUCAGGGGGAGUUGUUAGUGGGUGUUCUGGACAAAGCUCACUAUGGCUCAUCAGCAUAUGGUCUGGUCCAUUGUUGCUAUGAACUUUAUGGAGGGGAGACCAGCGGCAAACUGCUCAGCUGUCUCGCCAGACUCUUUACUGCCUACCUUCAGUUAUAUAGAGGAUUCACUCUGGGUGUUGAGGACAUCCUGGUGAAACCGGGUGCGAACAAAAAAAGGAAACGCAUUAUUCAACAAUCACUAAAGAUUGGUGCAAGAGCCCUCCGGGCAGCAUUCAACCUCCCCCCUGAUGUGGAUGAAGCAGAAGCCAGGAGCCAUUGGCAGGAUGCUCAUCUCACCCCAGACCAACGGGAUUUCAGCACGGCUGACCACAAAUUCAAAGAAGUGGCCAACCAAGUGAACAAUGACAUUAACAAGGUGUGCAUGCCAGUUGGCCUUCACUCUUCGUUCCCAGACAACAACCUCCAACUGAUGGUCCAGUCAGGUGCCAAGGGUUCCACCGUCAACACCAUGCAGAUCUCAUGUCUACUAGGUCAGAUUGAGUUAGAGGGUCGUAGACCUCCACUGAUGCCCUCUGGGAAAUCAUUACCAUGUUUCCAGCCAUAUGACCCAGCGCCCAGUGCUGGUGGAUUUGUUUCUGGCAGGUUCCUCACAGGCAUCAAACCACAGGAAUUUUUCUUCCAUUGCAUGGCUGGCAGAGAGGGACUGGUGGAUACCGCUGUAAAAACCUCCAGAUCAGGAUACCUGCAGCGGUGUGUCAUAAAGCAUCUGGAGGGUUUGGUGGUCCAGUAUGAUCUGACUGUGAGGGACAGUGAUGGAUCUGUAGUCCAGUUCCUGUAUGGCGAAGAUGGGCUUGAUAUCCCUAAGACACAAUUCCUGCAGCCAAGGCAGUUUUCCUUCAUAGAGGACAACUUUGAGGUAAUAAAGAAGUCCCAGAGGUUGGAUGAGGUGUUGACACGAUUGGACACUCAAAGUGCAAGUCGGCAUUUUUCAGCCAUACAACGCUGGAAAGCAAAGAGAGAGUUGACUUCCCCUCGCAGAGGAGCAUUCCUAUUGUUUUCCCAAAAGAAGAUGGCCAGGCUUAAGCAGACCGAACAUGGAGCAAUAAAAAAUGUGUGCGGCAGAGAUGUGGCUGUGCUUAAGCUGGUGGAACAGUGGCAUGCUCUUGAUGAAGCUGGACGAUCAAAAUACAAAAGAAAGUCCUCCCGCUGCCCUGAGCCCAGCCUGGGCGUGUUCAGGCCUGAUGUAAGCUUUGGAUCCGUUUCUGAAAGCUUUCGUGACCUCACAGAGAAAUACUUGCAGAAUCGAGACCCAAUGAGUCAACACAACUUGGAUACAGACAGACUUCGACAGUUGUUGCAUUACAAGUGGCAGCGGUCACUGUGUGAUCCAGGGGAAGCGGUGGGUCUGCUGGCAGCUCAGUCCAUUGGUGAGCCCUCAACCCAAAUGACCCUCAACACCUUCCACUUUGCUGGCAGGGGAGAGAUGAAUGUCACAUUGGGAAUACCUCGACUUCGAGAGAUACUAAUGGUGGCCAGUGGCAAAAUCAAGACUCCAAUGAUGAGUGUUCCAGUGCUGUACAGCAAGAAAGCCUUAAAGAAAGCUCAGAAGCUCCGUAGAAAACUUACCAAGGUCUGCUUGGCUGAGGUACUGCACAAGGUCGAUGUGGUUGAGGCGCUGCGCAUUGAGAGUCACCGUCACUCAAAGAUGCGGACAUUUAAAAUCACUUUUAGCUUUCUUCAUCCUAACUGUUACGCUGAAGAUACGCUGCUCUCACCCCAACAGAUUCUCCACUACAUGGAAACCAGAUUUUUUGUACUGCUCCUUAAAGCCAUUGAAAAACAUAGCGCCAAGAUGGCAUCCAUUGCUGUGGAGACCAGGAAGGCCACCACCAGGGACAAAUACAAUGUUAAUGAGGAAUUGGCUGUUGCAGCAGGGGGGGAUGACGGGGAAGAAGAGCAGGAGAGAGAGAUAGUUGAUGACCAGGGGAAUGAAGGUGAUGCUGAUGCGUCAGAUGCCAAGAGAAAAGACAAGCAAGAAGAGGAAGUCGAUUAUGACAGCGAGGACGAAGGUGAGGAUGAAGACAAUGUGGGAGAGGAGGAGGAGGAGGUGAAUGGGCAGAUUGAUGUGGAUGAAUUCCAUAUGGAGUCCUCGAGCGUGAGAUUGCAGACGAAAAAGAGAGCAGCAAAAAGUAGGCGAGGAAAAGAGGCUACAGAUCAGAUGAGAGUGAACGCUGUUCUGAAUUCCCACCCGGCAAUAGAGGGUUACUGCUAUGACGUCAAGCAUGAACUCUGGUGUGAAGUGAACCUGGCUUUAUCAGUGAGCAAAGUGCACUUUGACCUGACAUCAGUUGUGUCAACACUGGCCCAGGACGCCGUCAUCAUGGAAACCAGGGGCCUGACUCGAUGCCUUCUGAGUGAGACCACAACUAAGACUGGAGACAAAGAGAUGGUUCUCAACACGGAGGGCAUCAACAUGCACGAAAUGUUCAAGCACAGUGAUAUCUUGGAUGUCAACAGGCUCUAUUCCAAUGAGGUCCAUGCCAUGGCGAAAACUUACGGGAUUGAAGUGGCUCUCAAAGUCAUAGAGAAAGAAAUUAAAGAUGUCUUUGCAGUUUAUGGUAUCGAGGUGGACCCCAGACAUCUGUCACUAGUAGCAGACUACAUGUGCUUUGAGGGGGUGUACAACCCACUGAACCGCCAUUCCAUCACAUCAAACUCCUCCCCUCUGCAGCAGAUGACUUUUGAGACCAGCUACAAAUUCCUCAAACAGGCUACCAUGCUGGGCUCUCGUGAUCAGCUCGAGUCUCCAUCAGCCUGCCUGGUGGUGGGAAAGGUCGUCAAAGGAGGAACAGGACUUUUUGAACUCAAACAACCUCUGCAAUAGAUGCGACGCUGUUUUGUGCAAUCAUGUAUAAAUAUCAACAUUUUGGAGAGUCAUGCUUUUCAUUGGACGGUUACAAAGUAAACUUUUAUUGACAUUACAUAGUCGAUGACAGUUGAUUGCCUUUGGGUGUAAAAAAAAAAAUAAUUAUAUUGA